ACAUGGCCCACAGAGAAUGCUCAGGCACUUUAAGCUCCAAGGGUGGAAGUAUCCUUUAGAUUUUUCAGGUCCUGAGGUCACAGCUGAGAAUUCUUGUAGCAAGUUCUAAUUAUACUAUAGUAACUGGGAGAGUGGGGGCAUAAGGGAGAGAAGGGUCCUAGUUGUGCAGACAAUCUAGAUGGAUCUUCCCCAUGGAGGGCCGGAAGUCCCAGAUCUUCUGCCUCCUUUUGAUUACUGGGGCUGUAUUUGGUGAAAGCUCAGGUCAUUAAUGGUGAUGGGAAUAUGAGGAUAGCUCUUACCUGGGUCAUUAACACCAGUGAUUUAUUUUGGGUCAUAUUGACUGUAUUUCCUCAACUGAGCAGUGAUAGUAUUUCACUUCUGAGAAAGUUAGUUUCCAACAAUCAAAAGGGAUUCUAACAAACAUUAAUCCAAAGCUUUCCUGAUGUGGCCUGGGAAUCCUCUGGCCUCUUUCUGUGGGUUCCGGGCCUUUAUUUGGACUAGAGGUUUGGAACUAGAGACUUUCAGCAGAAAAGUGUGGGCUGGUCAUAGACUUAAAGCUUCCAGAGAAGGUCCCCAAAGUGUGAUACUACUGUGCAUGUGUAGAAUGGCUGGUGUUCACCUCCCUAUGGUGGGUGCACUGAUCCUGUUUGUACCUGAGAAACACAAGGAGAUCCCUUCUGUCUAGCUUUUGUCUGUGGUCGCUUGUUUUGUGGGGUGCCAGAAUAAGUGAGGUUUCCCCUUCCUCCUGCCUCUGCAGGGUUUGUUCAUGUUCCAAUUCCAACCCGAAAAAUCCUCCCAUUACAAAGGGCUAAUGCUCAGCCAGUAUUAUCAAGGCACCCACAAAGAGAGAAUAUGAAACAGCUCAUCUAUGGGAAGGAAAAUGAGCUGGUUUAUGUCUUCAUCCGCAUUAACAGUGCAGGGACAGUCCUGCCCUGCUCCUCUGAACAGCUGGGAACAAAGAUGUGGAUGGAUCAAGUUUACAAAUGGACCAAGGACACUGGGCAGGAAAUUCAAGAUUCCAAAUAUUGCUCCAUACUGGAGAAUGGAUCCCUAGCCUUCAAGGACUUUGGCCCAGAGCAGUCUGGAAUCUACAAAUGCAGUGUCUCCUAUUCCAAAGAGGACAAGCGCUAUACAAAGCACUUUCAUUUCUUUGUCAGGGCUUAUCACAGGCCAGACAGGAGUGUGGAGAUCCAGUCUGCCUUUUACUCUCCUCUCUGCAGCUCAGCAACCAACAGCAUCUACAUCCACAGCUUUCUGGAGCAUUUGAAUGGGCUAGUGAGGAAUCUCAGCUGUGAGGUCUUUGAAAAAUACACUAAGUGCAUCUGGCCCUCGCAGGAAAGGAACCACUCUGAAAUGUGGAUGACUGUGCUAAUGUUUCCUUAUGGAGUCAUGUGGGAAAUUCAUUGCCCGCCAGAAAGCAUGAGCAAAAACUGUGAACAAGAGAUCGAGGAUCGCUCUAAAGAGGCCUAUGAGAGAAUUCAUCACUCCGUCGAGGUGUUGAGUGAGGUUCAGAUACGUGAGGGGAAUCUGCCUCCUUUACACUACAAAGCUGGGUCACUUCUGGCCUAUAAGGUGGAUCACUGUAAGCCUGUAAGUAACACUACAGACGGGUGUUCCAACUGUUGCAUUGCUUGUUCCCCAGGGCUAUACAGCUCACUGAAUACAGUCACAUGUGCCACUUGCCCCCUGGGUUCUUACAAUGAGCAUUAUGGGAAGACAGAGUGUAAGACCUGCACAAGGAGCUUGGUGAAUCACAAAGGGGCUACGUCCAGUGAAGACUGCGUCCCUGCCAUCUCACGUUUGGUGGUGCUGCUGUGUGUAUUCACCUUUGGAGUCACACCACCCAUCCUCUUUGUUUCAGUGUACAUUGUCAUGCGACUGUUUUUUUCUCGGACAAAGUUGGGCAAAGCUCUGCUCCACAAGGAGCUGGAGUUCCUGCACAAACUGACUCUGUGUGAUGGGGAUACAUCUAAGAAGCCAGGCGAAGAAUCCAAGAGACCAAGGAAGGGGGAAAAUUUGUUCCAACCUCUCCAAGCUGCCCCAAAUGCUGUGGGGCCAUUCCCUGGGUCAGAAGCUCCACCACCAGAGAUUUAAUCCUCACUUUGGUCCUAGGCACAAUUAUGUGUCUUUGCAGGAAAUUGAAAGAAAAUUUUCAAAAGUGUAGAGAAAUUUCAGGCCAAAUAAAUCUAAAGAAAAUCAUUAAGAAGGGUGGGUCCUGAAGCUGACUGUGCAAGGUGUGCGGUGCAAGCUUAUAAACACAUGACUUUAGAAGAGAGUCACUUGCUCCUCUCGCAUGUGACUUUUCACAGCAGAUAUUGAAAUAACAA